AAAACCCAACAAGCUUUGAUCUUCAACCCACAAAUCUCAUCCAUUUUUUCACUCUUCUCCAUUCACAUGAACCAAAUAUUCCAUUCUUCCUACAACCCUUCAUCAACAUAUUAAAAAAAAAAAAACAAAACCAAGUAUUUUACCAAAAUCAAUGAAUAAUAACAUGGUAAAAUCAUCAUCAUCAUCAUCAUCAUCAUCUUUACUAUCUCCAUCAAUUUCACCUCCAACAAUUCACCAAAAACUUCAAUUUCUACUAAAAAACCAACAAAAUUGGUGGAAUUAUGCCAUAUUUUGGAAAACUUGUUCUAAUAAUCUUGAUAAUAGUUGCCCUAUAAUCUUAGGUUGGGGUGAGGGCCAUUUUCAAGGCAUCAAGCCCAAAAAGAAGCCCAACUUUGGUAUUGUUCAAGAUCAAUUAGAUGAGUUUGAUCAUGGUGGGUCCUCCAUGAAUGAGGUUGUUACUGAUGUUGAGUGGUUUUAUAUGACGUCACCUUCCCGAUCUUACCCUGUAAAGCAGAGGACUAGUGCCAAUGGUGGAAUAGGUGCUCUAGCUAAGGCUUUUACAACGGGCUCACUGGUUUGGUUGAGUGGGGACCACUCAGUCCGAUCUUAUAAUUGCGAACGGGUCAAGGAUGCCCAGUCUCAUGGGCUUCUUACCUUUGUGUGUAUUCCUGUCCCUAAUGGGGUUCUUGAGUUUGGCUCAAUUGACUUGAUUCAAGAAAAUUGGGCCUUAAUUGAACAAGCCCAUUCCCAAUUUGGACCUAUGUAUAACCUUGAAUUGGGCCCCACAAAUCUUGAUGUUACAUGGAGUACUACUACUACUAGUGGUGAUGCCUUUGGUGACUCAUGUCUAGUGGGUGCUACCAACCUAGUUCAAGACUCGAGCAAACCGACGGGCCGACAAAGGAUUGUAAAGAAAAGAGGAAGAAAACUUAGCUCGGCCCCUGAAGGCCAAGCUAUCGUUAUAGACCAUGUGGAAGCAGAACGACAAAGAAGAGAAAAGAUGAAUAGUCGAUUCUAUGCACUUCGAUCAGUUGUACCAACUGUAACUAAAAUGGAUAAAGCUUCCUUGUUAAGCGAUGCAGUUGCUUAUAUAAAUGACUUAAAUGAAAAGAUUAAUAGACUCGAGUCGCAAAUCCAAAAGUCGAUGCAAGCAUCAACUAGUGAAAAUGAUAAUGCCCUUUUUAUGAGUAAGCAAUAUAGUCUGUUCGAGAUUAAUGAUGUUGUUAAUUAUCGUAAAAUUCCAUUAGAGGUUGAUGUUAACGUAUUAGGGAAUGAAGCCAUGAUUAGGGUUCAAUGUGAGAACAUAAAUUAUCCAUCGGCAAGAUUAAUGGAUGUGCUUAAGCAACUUAAAUUACAAGUUCAUCAUGUUAGUGUUUCAACAAUUGAAGAUAUGAUGAUUCUAGAUGCUGUCAUUGUCAAAGUUCCAGGGGAGUUGAUGAAUGAUGUUUCAAUGAAAGUUGCUAUUGUAACAAGGUUAGAGCAAUAGAUUUCUUUAAAAUGUAUGUAAUCGGUGGUGGAUCAAAUUAUAUUUGUGAAAAUUGUUGAAUAUAUCAAGUAAAAA